CAAGAGCGAAAACUUGUAUCCAUUAUCGAUAAUAUCCGCAAUAGUAUCUAAUUUUAUUCAAUUACUCUCUCAGUCUCUCACUAAGCAAAAAAGAAAUUACAGAAGGCAGAAGUCUUACCCGAUAUCACUACGAAUUUUAUCAAAUUUUUCGCAACAAUGGUGCAGAAAGGGCCUCGACCUUUGGUGUUGUGCGGUCCAUCGGGAUCUGGAAAGAGUACUCUGCUGAAGCGCCUUCUUAAAGAGUUUCCCGAUAAGUUUGGGUUCAGCGUUUCUCACACGACGAGGGGCCCCCGGCCGGGUGAGAAGAAUGGAGUCCAUUACCAUUUCACUACAAAAGAUGACAUGCUCGCUGCCAUUGAAAAAGGUGAAUUUCUAGAAACCGCUACAUUCAGUGGGAACAUCUAUGGGACAAGUAAGAGAGCCGUAGAAGAUGUUCGCCGCACCGGAAAGAUCUGUGUACUGGACAUUGAGAUUGAAGGGGUGAAACAAGUGAAGCGCUCAGACUUCGACCCUCUGCUGGUGUUUGUGAUGCCACCUUCAAUCGGAGAGCUGGAGAGACGCCUGCGUGGACGCAACACAGAGUCUGAUGAGGCACUGAAGCUGAGACUUGAGACAGCUAGGAAGGAAAUAGAAUUUGGACAGGAAGCCGGCAACUUCCACAUCAUUAUUAUGAACGAUAACUUGAACAAGGCAUAUUCUGAACUGCGCGAGUUUAUUGCGCAAAAUAUCAAGGAUAACGACCAAGACCUCCGUGGGCUGUAAGAAGUAAACUACAAGGAAUAAAAUUAGUCGCCGCUUCAUUAUUUGAGGAAAAUAUAUGUUAAGUAUAUAUUAUUGUAAUAAGUUAAUACUUUUAUUCAUAUUUGGGCAUUGAAUUUAAAAACCAUUCCAUGAAAGAAAUACUAUGCCGUAUCUAUGUGAUCAUAAUAGUGUUACCAAACAAACGUAUCUAUUCUGCGUCGACCGAAGAUGAUCGAUC